AUAGAUUAAAAAUAUCUAUUGUUAUAAAAAAAAAACUUGUAAUAAAAUUCAAAAACGGAAGUAUAAGAUAUUAUUAUCAUUAGAGAACAUUAGAGGGAGGCAUUUAGAUCUCAUAUAUUUUUUAUAAAAAAAAAGGUAUGAAGAAGAAUAAAGAAGAAAAUGAAAAAUUGAAAAAUGAAGGAGACAUUUAUUCGGUAUUAGAAUCGGUGGCAUUGAAUUGGAAAAUUCUUGGUGUAAUUAUUUUUACCACAAGAGGAGAAGUGGGAAAUAGAAAAUAUAUAAUUAAAAAAUCACUUGUUGCCUAUAAUAUUUUUUUAUCAUUUCUUGUCAGCAUCUCAUCGUAUGAUGUAAUUUUUUUCAAUGGCAGUCUUCGGUAUCAAACUUCAAAAAAAUUAGAAUUUGAUGCAAAAUUGCUGAUUCAUAUAAAAGAGGCUUUCAAUAUUAUUAGUUUACUCGAAAUGACUGUAUGGAAAUUAAUAACAAUUAAUAAGUUUAAAAAAAUGCUUGAGUGUUUUGCAAAACAAGACAAAAUAGUGAACGAGAUUGGAAGUCAUAUUAAUUAUCGAGCUGAUAUGAAGCAAAUUAAAAUUUUUAUACGUUUAGUCACUAUUAUUAAUUUACUAUUAAGUUUUCAAGAAGUUUAUUAUGGAAUUAGUGUGAGCACAUUAAUUGAUUGGACAAACUGGUGGUUACCGUCACUUAUUUACAAAUCAAAUUUAUCAUUAUUUUUCUGCCUCGUUUGGAUUCUUGGAAUGAGAUUUAAGGUUCUUAAUCAAAAAUUGAAUUUAAUUGUAAAAUCUACUCAUCCUCAGAGUUUUGAGAAUAUGAAAGUGCUUCGAAUUAUAGCAAAUACACAUUGUCAAUUAUGUAAAAUUGGAAAAAAAAUUAUUAUUAUUUUUUUUCCCAGUCUGGUUCUUUGUGGAAUUCAAACAUUUAUUUUUGUUACGUUAAUGUUAUAUAGAUUAAUUUUAGAUAUUAAACAACAAAAAGGAAUUAUUACCAUUGUCAAUAAUAUGUUUGGAAUAUUUAUUACCGGUGCUCAAAUUAUUAUCAUUGUUUUUAUUUGCAAUUGGACCACGAAAAAGGCUUCAUUUCCGGAAAAACUUAUUCACGAAAUUAAAAUAAAUCAAUUGAAUCCAGCUUUUUUUGAAAUGAUUCAAUCCUUUUCGACUCAAUUGUUGCAUGAAAAAUUAAUAUUUUCCGUUGGAGGUUUAUUUACAUUGGAUUCUGCUCUUUUGCAAGCGGUUGCUGGAGCAAUUACAACUUAUUUAGUUAUUUUCAUACAAUUUGGUAAUAUGGAGAAAAUUUUUGCCGAUUGCGAAAAUAGUGUCUCAAAAAAUCUUUCUAAAAGUGCAACUUAAUUGCUAAUUAAUUGAGUUUUGAAAUUAAUUUGAAUUAAAAUGAAAGAUUCUAAUAAAUUAUUUUAA